CUCACUUCUCGUACCUCGCCAUGGUGAAAGUCCGCCGGGUCUAUGUGGUGACCUCUAACCCCGAGCGCGUCCCGGAGUUCCAACGACUCCUGCAGCUCUACGGCAUCGAGGUGUGUCAUGCCAGCCCCUUCGGCUACCGCACCAAACGCGAUGGGCCCCAAGCGCUACUGCCCUUGGCUGAGAAACUCUUGGAACAGAACAACGAAAAGUUUUGGACCAAGUCUGUGAUGUACGAGCAGGUGCUUCUGCUCUGCCGUGGCACGGAGCAACACGCCGACGCGCCGGGCCGGGAGCUGGUGGAUGGUGAAGCGGUCACCGUGAGCGCGUCCUUGACUUGCUGGUCGUCGCAGAAGGGAGAGCAGGAGAAGGCUGGUCAGGUGGAGGUCUUCGUCUAUCGCCACGAGAUGGACGCCAAGAUUGACCUGUCGAAACGUCGGGAAGAUCGCAGUGGGGUCUUCAACUGGGAUGACGUGGUGGUGGAUUUGUACAGUGGCUUGUCUUACCAUGAGAAAAAACUCCAAGGCUUCAAGGUGUCGCCACGGGACAUGAUGCUCUCUCAGUACCUCCAGGAUCACGUGCACUACCGGCGGCGACGGCUCUGUCGUCACAACCACCUGGAGGUCAGCCGAGCGGUGGAUUUUGGCGACGGCUCUCCGGCGCUGAACUUCUUCAGAAAUCCCUAUCUCUUCCCGGAGACGGAGACCUCGACCUGCUCGUCCUCGUUCUUUCGCAGCGCCUUCGUUUCGGUGCUGAACCAGGGCCUGGUGCUGCGUGCGGCAAUGACGCGACGGGAAUUCAUCUAUUGGUUGCCGGGGCUCAACGCAGGCAUCCCCCUGGUGCCCAAGGACGAUGCCGUCCACGAGGCAACCUUCCAAGCCCAUGAUCUAGCGCACUUCUUGC